UUAGUUAGUCACUCCAAAAGCGGAAAGACAGCAGUGUGCGUCUCUCCUAAGCAGAUUCUCUCUAAUCAAUUCUCACGCACUCACUGUGUGAAAGAGUUGCCUACUACACUCCUCUUGAUGCUCUUGAGAUACGCAUAUAGUUAUCUAUUUAAGUAGUGGGGGAGAAGAUCGCUGAAGAGGGUAUUGAUUUGAAUUGCCGGUGAAGUAGGCAAACGGGGGCGGAUGGAAGGUAUGACUUCCGAAGCGUCGGUGACGAAGCUGCCGGAGUGCUUUUCCUCUGUUAUCCCAGGGUGGUUUUCGGAGAUUAGCCCAAUGUGGCCAGGAGAAGCACACUCAUUGAAGGUAGAAAAAAUACUAUUCCAGGGAAAGUCUGAGUACCAGAAUGUCAUAGUUUUUCAGUCAUCAACUUAUGGAAAGGUUCUUGUCUUGGAUGGUGUAAUUCAACUCACAGAGAGGGAUGAAUGUGCUUAUCAAGAAAUGAUCACUCAUCUCCCAUUGUGCUCAAUUCCAAACCCGAAAAAGGUUCUGGUAAUUGGAGGAGGAGAUGGUGGUGUCCUGCGUGAAGUGUCUCGCCAUUCAUCUGUUGAAAGGAUAGACAUCUGUGAGAUUGACAAAAUGGUAGUUGAUGUCUCUAAACAAUUUUUCCCCCGUGUAGCUGUGGGAUUCAACGAUCCCCGUGUGACACUGCACAUUGGAGAUGGAGUUGCGUUUCUCAAGGCUGUGCCAGAAGGAACUUAUGAUGCAGUUAUAGUGGAUUCUUCAGACCCAAUUGGUCCAGCGCAGGAAUUGUUUGAAAAGCCUUUCUUUCAGUCCGUGGCGAAGGCUCUUCGUCCAGGAGGGGUUGUAUGUACUCAGGCUGAAAGCAUAUGGCUUCACAUGCACAUUAUUGAAGAUAUCGUUGCAAACUGCCGCCAAAUUUUCAAAGGCGCCGUCAAUUAUGCCUGGACCUCAGUUCCCACAUACCCAAGUGGUGUUAUUGGAUUCAUGCUUUGUACAACUGAGGGUCCUCCAGUUGAUUUCAAGCACCCGAUUAACCCUAUAGAUCUUGAUGACAGUCAUAUCAAAACAAAAGGACCAUUAAAGUUUUACAACUCCGAGAUGCAUUCUGCAGCUUUCAGCUUACCCUCCUUUGCCAGAAAGGUGAUCGAGUCAAAAUCGGAUUGAUAUAGUGUGCAUCCAGACGAGGCAGAUUUAGGAUUUAUUAUUACUAGAUGUACAUCAAGGCAGAGUUCUCAAUCACCACUCCAAUUGCGACUUGAAUUUCCGACAAUGAUGUAAUUAAUCUACGAGAAAUGAUAUAUUUCUUCCAGUAAAAUGAUGAAUACGGAAGAAAAUAAGUCCAAAACUGGCGUCUGGUCUGUUUCAGAUGUUAACGUUUCCCUGACUGCAGCUGAGUAAUGCUAAAAACAUAAAUCAUUAAGAUA